AUGAGUGAUUAUGGAACUUGUCCAAAUUGUUCUUUUUCAAGAAGCGGUUUUCUUUGGUGUCAGAAUUGCGAAUCAAAAAACUUUGAGAGUGAGGAAUGGACCAGCGGUGAUAUCAAGAUUGACGCGUUUAUUCGGGAUGUUCAAUACCAUUCGCAAAAUGCAUGUCAGGCAAUAGAUUGGAUACCUUAUAAUGAGCUAAAGGAUAUUGUGUUCAUUAGGGAAGGUGGAUUCGGUAAAGUGUCGUCCGCUAUUUGGAUAAAAGGUCCACGUAAUUGGGAUGAAAAUCAGAAAAAAUGGGUAAGAAAAGAAAAUCAUAUGGUGGCUCUAAAGGAAUUAAAAGACUCCUUCAAGAUAAGCGAUCAAUUUUUAAUCGAGAUUAGGAAUCAUUCGAAGUGUAAUGGUCUUGCUCACAUAAUUAGAUGUUAUGGACUUUCAAGAAAUCCUGAAACUAAAAAUUAUAUAAUGGUGAUGAGAUAUGCCCCUUCCGGGAAUCUACGAGAUUAUUUACGGAAGAAUCAAACUCUGCAAUGGAAGGAAAAAUUAAUGAUUUUAUUAACAAUAGCCGACGGUCUUAAGGACAUUCAUAAUAAAGGAAUUGUCCAUAGGGAUUUUCAUAGUGGUAAUAUUUUGCUUGAUGGAAAUACUCCAUAUAUAAGCGAUUUAGGAUGCAGCUCAACGGCGAAUGUAGCUCCGGAUCAAACAGGAAGUGUUUUUGGUGUUCUUGCUUAUAUCGCUCCUGAAGUUGUACUCUAUAAGAAUUAUUCUAAAGCCGCAGAUAUAUAUAGUUUCGGUUGUAUAAUGUGGGAAAUAGUGACAGGAAAACCACCUUAUUUUAAAUAUAACCCUAAUUUUAUUUAUCACUUAAAGAUUCAUAAAGGUCAAACUCCAGAAUUCGGUAAUUAUUUCCCACAGGAACCGAAAGAGUUGAUUACAAAAUGUUGGGAUGCGGACCCCUCAAAUCGACCAAAUGCAAGAGAAAUCUACGAAUCUUUUCUUAAGAUGUGUCGCAUGCCACCAAACGACCCUGUAGAUCCCCUCCCACCUAUCCUGAACCCAGAAAACAUAUACGAGAGUCCAUAUAACAGUGUUACACUAACUGAGUACUGUCACACCAACGAUGGUCCUUGCCGGACUUGCUUUUCCGAAGAGCAAGACUUUUUCAAUAAUCAUUUAAGGAUUACCUAUAAUACUAAGAUCAAUGGCCAAAAGAAAGUAACCAUACCAGGUUUAGAUGUUUAUUGUAAAGUAGAAGGUAACAGAAAACCUGAUAUUGAAUUAUUGGAAUCAUUGCAGUUGCAUGAAGAAGAAAUUUUUAAUAUUCUUCCAACCAGUGCGAUUGGAAUAGGGAUUACCUUUGUAAAGUCAUAUCAGGAACCUUCUAUAAUUCUCUAUGUCAAUGUAUCAACUGAACUCUCCGAACAAAUUAUUGAAAAUUUUUUUAAAAUAUUACAACGACCACCAGAAGAUAUUGUUAUUUGCCAAUUAUUCGACGAGGAUAAACCCAAUAACGGUUCUAAACGAAGUAAUAAUGAUAACUCGAGUAAAAAUUUUGAGGUAGAAAAGAAAGAGGAUAUUAGAGAAAGAGAAAAUAAUUCUGAUGGGAAUAAAGAAGAAAACAAAGAUAGCAAGGAUGAUAUUAAUAAAGGCAAGGAAUAUAAAAAAGAUGACGAGGGCGAUUCCAACAAAAGUCAGAGAGAUGAUGGAGAUGACCCUGGAGAGGACCCGAAUGACGCGAAUGCUACAAUGCCAUACGGAAUUAUUGAUGCAUCCGCUUCUGCUAAAAUUACGUCUAGCAAUGACAUUAAUCAAACUGGUCAGGUAGUCACUAUACAUUUUAUAUUGAGUAUGUGGCACCCGGGGAAUAAAGAUAAUAAGUUAGAAUUUGAAAUCUCCAAGAUAAACUUUUCAGGAGGGGAGAUGUUGUCUGAUAAAUUUAAAGAAAUCAGCGGAGAAGGAUAUUACCCUGUUGAAGCUAAAAUCAACUUCAAAGCCUAUCCUAACUGUCAGCAAGACAAUACAGCUGUUUUAAUUACUGUUGAAGAAUCCUCUCCGUAUAGUAAAAUUGAAGAUAAGCAGGUUUCUUUGUCAAAAAUAAAAGGUUUAUCAGCUGGAAUUGAUGGCUUUAAUCCUACGUCCAUUUUGAACUUAAAUCGAGAAAAAACAGUAAGAGAAAAAGUUCCCUUUAUUUCUAUCAGUAAUCCUAAUCGAGGUUUCAGAGAGAUUACAUGGCUACAUCGAAUAAGAAACGAGGAAAAAAAGAUUCCUGAUUACUCGCAAGUACCCAAACACAAGGCUCACUUCAGAUACGCAAAAAAUUUUGUAAAAGAGUUCGAAGUCAAGACGGAAUUAACUUUAGAAUUUAAGAAAAAAUGGUUUUCGAAGGAAUUAAUGUUGCGUCGGUCUCGUGUGACUAAACUCCCUGCAAAAUUACGAUUUUCACUUUCUAUAAUAAUUGAGGAAAAAAAAAUUCAAGACAUUUUUGGAGUUAAGGACUCGAUUGACUGCAGCCAUCCUAGAAUUUUGCCUGCUAAUAUGAAUAAUAAAUUCCAAGAUUCUUCGAGACAUAAUUUUAUAGAAUCUUCUUUUUCUUUACAAGAGAUCAAACGAAAAGAAUAA